UGGGCAUCCCUUUCGAAGGACUAGUUAGACAUAUCUGAUGUAAAUAAUAAUAAUAAUAAUUUAAAAAACUAAGAAAGGUUACAGUGUUCGACUAGCGAUUUUGCCUUAAACAGAAGACAACACGUCAGAGGGACCUAACAUAUUUUACGCUAACGCAGACAGGAGAAGGUGAAGCACUGCCCCAGCCCUGCUUUCUGGAAAGCGCCGUGGGUUUGGCUUCAGAGCCCCCAGCAGCCGCAAGAAGCUUCGAUGUCAUGUAGUCCUAAUCGACGACAACCGGGGAGAAGUAUCUAUCUAUCUAUCUGCCGGGGAAAAAAGCAGGCUUCCGAGGGCCAUCAGAAGGAGUGGGCAAAGAAAGCCGUAUUACUUCUGCUGCCCAAUCGAUCCACUGGCGUUGAAGAAGCGCUGGGACCAGCAGCAGCGUGGGGAGAGCCGGCCGCCUCUGGGGUGUUAUUCCAACGGGAGUGGAAUACACGCUUGACACAUAAGGGAAGGAGGGGUUAGCAGACAAAAUACGUUUAAAGCAGACAAUUACAUUUUCCGACACAUUUCUAAAGGAAGCAAUAUUGUCCUCACUUUCGACAAAACCGACUUUGGAAAAAAGGAAGAAAAAAAAACGGGAUACAGAUCUUGGUUUUGUGUGUGGAACCAAAGAGCUGUUCAGUGCUGGCUCCGAGAGUGACUAUUAGAGAGGUAAGGACUCGAAAGAAGGAGGGUGCAUGGAGCAAUCAAGGCUGGUUAAACCAAGGACAUCCACCAUCCUCUGGUUGGGCCUUGUUACUGCAGCAGCAACGUUGCUAUGCGCAGAGGCCCGAACCACCCCAAGCCCAACAGCAAACAAUGCCACGUGUGAAGGGACAUCCGACUGCAAACCGGGCAUUAUUCUGCCGAUCUGGUACCCCGAGGACCCGUCGAUGGGCGAUAAGAUUGCGCGGGUGAUUGUAUACUUUGUCGCAAUGAUUUACAUGUUUCUUGGCGUGUCCAUUAUUGCUGAUCGCUUCAUGGCAGCCAUUGAGGUCAUAACCUCCCAAGAGAAAGAGGUCAUCAUCAAAAGAUCCAAUGGAGAAACCACCACCACCACCAUUCGAGUGUGGAAUGAAACCGUUUCCAACCUGACCUUGAUGGCACUGGGUUCAUCAGCCCCAGAGAUCCUGCUUUCAGUCAUUGAGGUCUGUGGUCACAGCUUCCAAGCUGGGGAGCUGGGUCCCUCCACUAUCGUAGGCAGUGCAGCUUUCAACAUGUUUGUCAUUAUUGGGCUCUGUGUGUCAGUUAUCCCUGACGGAGAGACACGGAAGGUCAAGCACUUGCGUGUCUUCUUCGUUACAGCAGCCUGGAGUAUCUUUGCCUAUAUUUGGCUUUAUAUGAUUCUGGCUGUUUUCUCUCCCAAUGUGGUCCAGAUCUGGGAGGGCCUCCUCACUCUUGCGUUCUUUCCAAUUUGUGUCAUCCUGGCCUGGGUGGCCGAUCGUCGUUUGUUAUUCUAUAAGUUCAUGCAUAAAAAGUACCGAACAGAUAAGCAUAGAGGAGUUAUCAUUGAGACUGAGGGAGAACGAUCCAAAGGUAUUGAGAUGGAUGGAAAAAUGGUAAACUCACAUUUUGUUGACGGUGCUUCUAGUAACCUGAUUGGACUGAUAGAUGUGAAAGAGAUUGAUGAGUCCCGGCGAGACAUGAUCCGCAUUUUAAAGGAUCUGAAGCAGAAGCAUCCUGAAAAGGACAUGGACCAGUUGGUGGAAAUGGCCAACUACUAUGCCCUUUCUCAUCAGCAAAAGAGUCGCGCUUUCUACCGCAUUCAGGCCACGCGGCUAAUGACUGGAGCAGGAAACAUACUAAAGAAACAUGUAGCUGAGCAGGCUAAGAGGAGCACCAGUCUGCAGGAGGUGCAUAUUGAGGAACCUGAGGAGUUUGUAUCCAAAAUCUUUUUUGAGCCUUGUGUCUACCAGUGUCUUGAGAAUUGUGGUGGUGCCCUGCUGACGAUUGUUAGGAAGGGGGGUGACAUUAACAGAACGGUGUAUGUGGACUACAAAACCGAAGAUGGCUCCGCCAAUGCUGGCGCAGACUAUGAGUUCACAGAGGGAACAGCUGUAUUCAAGCCUGGUGAGAUGCAGAAGGAGAUUAGUGUAGGUAUCAUUGACGAUGACAUCUUUGAAGAGGAUGAGCAUUUUUUUGUGCGACUCAGCAACGUACGUGUGCUGGAGACGGAAGAUAUGCUGUCAGCCAACAUGCUACAUUUCCCCAAAGCCCUACUAGGAUUCCCUGCCGUGGCUACAAUCACAAUCCUAGAUGAUGACCAUGCUGGCAUCUUCACUUUCGAGAGUGAUUCUGUGCAUGUGAGCGAGAGCGUGGGCAUUAUGGAGGUUAAGGUGCUAAGGACUUCUGGAGCUCGCGGCACUGUCAUCGUGCCUUACCGAACAAAUGAAGGGUUGGCCAAGGGGGGAGGAGUGGAUUUUGAUGACACCUAUGGAGAACUGGAGUUUAAAAAUGACGAGACUUGCAAAUCGAUUCAGGUGAAAGUCAUAGAUGACGAGGAAUAUGAGAAAAACAAAAAUUUCUUUCUGGAGCUUGCUGAGCCACGCAUGGUGGAUAUGAGCCUGCAGAAAGCUCUUUUAUUCUUUGAAGACCGAAAGUUGUCACCUGAAGAAGAAGAAGCAAAGAGAAUCGCAGAGAUGGGCAAACCGGUCUUAGGGCAGCACCGCAAGCUAGAGGUCAUCAUUGAGGAGUCGUAUGAAUUUAAGAGCACAGUGGACAAACUGAUAAAGAAGACUAACCUGGCUCUUGUUGUGGGAACUAACUCUUGGCGAGAUCAGUUCCUGGAGGCCAUCACAGUCAGUGCAGUCUUUAACAACAUCCCAGGAGAUGAGGAUGAGGAGGAUUCAGGGGAAGAACGCCUGCCUUCCUGCUUUGACUAUGUCAUGCACUUCUUGACAGUUUUCUGGAAAGUUCUAUUUGCAUGUGUUCCACCUACGGAGUACUGGAAUGGCUGGGCCUGCUUCACUGUGUCCAUCAUCAUUAUUGGCUUGUUGACGGCCGUUAUUGGUGACUUGGCAUCACAUUUUGGCUGUACGAUUGGUCUGAAGGACUCCGUUACUGCUGUGGUGUUUGUGGCCCUAGGGACUUCAAUUCCUGACACCUUUGCCAGUAAGGUGGCCGCAGUACAGGAUACAUAUGCUGAUGCCUCCAUUGAGAACGUGACCGGCAGUAAUGCUGUCAAUGUGUUUCUUGGCAUUGGAGUGGCAUGGUCAGUGGCAGCCAUCUACUGGCACAUGCAAGGGAAGGAAUUUGUGGUGCCAGCCGGGUCCUUGGCCUUCUCUGUCACACUCUUCACCAUCUUCGCCUUCCUUGCAGUAACUGUGCUGCUCUACCGGCGCCGUGCCCAUAUUGGCGGAGAGCUGGGCGGCCCUCACGGACACAGACUGGCCACCACUGGCUUCUUCUUCAGCCUGUGGUUCCUCUACAUCCUCUUCUCAAGUCUGGAGGCUUAUUGUCAUAUACAAGGCUUUUAGCCACUAGGAACAUCUAUCCAGCCGGACAGAGGUACUAAACGGAAGAAAAUACAAGUGUGGAUUAAGUAUGGAAAUGGGUGUGGAGCAGGGUUGUACAGAGUGCAAGACAAGAGGACGCAGGAGAGACCUCCACCGCGGCAGCCCUUCCUGAGGUCUCUGCAGAUAUCAGACGGUCAAGGGGAAGCAUUAAUAAAGGAGGAAUAAGGCAGUGCCUUUUUUCCCUGGAGUGAGGGCUUGGAUGAAGACAAACAUCCUGUUCAGAACAUGCUUAUAAAAUUAUCAGUUCUGAGGAGUCCCAUUGCCACGGGGCGGAUGCUUCUAGCAAAUUUGUCUAUAUCUGAUCAUUUCAACUAAAUCAAAAAUAAAAAACGUUCGACUAAUUUUUUUUUGUACUAUACUACUCAAUAUCAACAUCUCUGUUACUCUUACAGAAGUGGCACAAUUUAUCACUACCUUUCUUCCAUUCUGCUUAAAAAAAUCACUGGAUUGUAGUUUUUCUGUUUAUCUGUUUAUUUGCAUUUACAUGGGAGAUCGAUUUUUCCUUUUAUUUCAGGGAAUUUUGCAUGAUAUGAACCUUAAUUCAAUUUAUGUCAAAUUAUCAGUUUCUGAUUUUUUGUCAACAAAAAUAAACUGUUUGAAAAAUUA